CAUAUUGGAUUCCUACAACCGCUUCAGUGUCACAGUAACGUUGGCCAAGUGUAGAUCAAGUCUUCUACGCACAUUACUGUAAAACCUUUUAUUCAUUUUUAUUUAAUUGUUAAACAACAGUUUUAUUUGUGAUUAAGUGGGAAUAUCGAAAGUUUUCAAAAUGACUUUCGCGUCGCAAUGUGGCGUCGCAAUUCUACUGGUGACGUCACUGGCCGGUGUCGCACCGUUUUCCAAAUAUGGAAGGACGUGUAGAGAUAUCGGUUGUCCUAGUGCCGAAGUUUGUGUAAUGGAAGAAGAUCCUUGCACGAUUUAUCAACGUGAUCAGUGCGGACGUUAUCCCACUUGUAAACGGAACACCGAUGCAGGCAGCGGCCAAAGUUGCACCACGAUGAUUUGUCCCAGUGGUCAGUACUGCAAAACAGAAAAUGGAAGACCAACUUGCGUCAACACCGUUCCAGGAUUAGUCGAUGAAAUGUUUGCAGAAGAUGGUGGUGGAGACGUUAGGGAUGUACCGAGACGUCAGACUGGAAGUGAAACUGCUUCCGGAUAUCCAUCGGGAUCAGGUUAUCCAAGCUCAGGAUCAACUGGAUCUAGAACUUCAUCUUCUGGAUAUCCUACUAACUCCGGGUAUCCUACUUCCGGAUCCUCUAGCAAUCCUACAUCCUCUGGAUAUCCUUCCGGCUCGGGUUAUCCUUCCGGAUCUGGUUAUCCUUCAAGUGGCUCUUCGGAUCCAACUGCUCAGAGAACUAGAACCAGUCAAGUAAAUUCUGGAUAUCCAAGUUCUGGUUACCCGGGGUAUCCUAGUGGAAGUUCCGGUAACUCAGGCUAUCCUCGUUCCGGUUCUUCCGGAUACCCUGGGUCCAGUUCUUCCGGAUACCCCGGUUCUGGUUCUUCCGGAUACCCUGGUUCUGGUUCCUCUGGUUACCCCGGUUCUGGUUCUUCCGGAUACCCCGGUUCCGGUUCUUCCGGAUACCCCGGUUCCGGUUCUUCCGGAUAUCCUACUUCUGGAACCUCGGGUUAUCCUAGUGGUGGAGAAACAGCUGUCAGAAGAACGUCGGGUAGUAAUGUAAAUGCUGGUUAUCCUAAUCAGGGCGCAUCAGGUUAUCCAGGUCCAGUUCAAGGUUAUCCCAAUCAAAAUACCAGAGGAUACGGGCCACCAGGUUACAAUCCACAGGGUGGAUAUAAUCCACAAGGGGGUUACAAUCCACAGGGUGGAUAUCGCCCACAAGGUGGCUACAAUCCUCAGGGUGGUUACAAUCCUCAGGGUGGUUACAAUCCCCAGGGAGGUUACAAUCCACAGGGUGGUUACGGACAACCGCCACCUCGAAAACCUAGCAUUACCGACCAGAUUACUAAUUUCGCCAAAAAUUUGGCUCAGAGGGUAUUGACCCAGACGAUUGUCGACAAAGUAACAGGAAAGAAUUAGGUAGGUACGACACCGUUUCUUAUGCAGCAUGAAACGAAAUGUCAAUUUUGAAACCGUUUAUUGAUCGCGGAUAGGCCAGUAAAACUAUAAAAAUAUCUUCUGCAUUGCGAUCUGACUUCAGCUUCGUCUGCGAUUUCCGUUAAUCAUUUGAAAGGGUAAAAAUCGACGUACGUUAUACUCGACAGUAUAAAAUCGCUGUAAAUUCAUAGAAUCUUCAUCGACGAUUCUCUGGAAUUCAUAUGAUAGCAUUUUGUAAUAUACCAUGAGUUCGAUAGAUGAGACUCGACAUUUGAUCGCUAAUUAAAUAAAAUAAAAAAUAAA